GCCCGGUGCCGGGCGCCCCCCCGGCGCGCCCCCUCCCCUCUCCCCCCCGCGAGCACUGUCCAUUGGCUUGUCCUGCUCUCUUUUUCAUGUCCAGCCCCCGAUGAGUGUCCAUUGGUGUUGCCUUCGCCUUCCCUCCUCCCCUCUCCCCGGCUUGCCCUGCCCAUGUUUUGUAUGUCUCUGUCCAUCCAGGCUCCUGACGUUCAAGUUCGCAGGGACGUCACGUCCGCACUUGAACUUGCAGCUCAGGGGGGCUUUUGCCAUUUUUUUCAUCUCUCUCUCUCUCUCCUUCUCUCUCUCCCUCUCUCUCCCUCUCUCUCUCUCUCUCUUUUUUUUCCCUUGCACAAAAAAAAAAAAAAAGCCAUGACUGCUAUCCCACAAUUCAUCUUCCCUGCGCCAUCUUUGUAUUAUUUCUAAUUUAUUUUGGAUGUCAAAAGACAUUGAUGAAGAUAUUUUCUCUGGAGUCUCCUUCCUCUCUAACCCGUCUCUCCCGAUGUGAACCGAGCGACUCACAAGCCACCGAAGCCACCAACCCACCAUGUCGCGCCGCAAGCAAGGCAAACCCCAGCACUUAAGCAAACGGGAAUUUUCACCCGAACCUCUCGAAGCCAUCCUCACCGAUGACGAGCCCGAGCCCGGCACGCUGGGAGCGCCGGAAGGGGACCACGACCUCCUCACCUGUGGCCAGUGCCAGAUGAACUUCCCGCUGGGGGACAUUCUCGUUUUUAUUGAGCACAAACGGAAACAAUGCAAUGGCAGUCUCUGCUUGGAGAAGGCCGUGGAUAAGCCACCCUCGCCCUCGCCCAGCGAGCUGAGAAAAGCCUCCAACCCCGUGGAGGUUGGCAUCCAGGUUACGCCAGAGGAUGACGAUUGUUUAUCAACGUCAUCUAGAGGAAUUUGCCCUAAGCAGGAACAUAUAGCAGGUAAAGAUGAGCCCAGCAGCUACACGUGUACAACUUGUAAACAGCCUUUCAACAGCGCCUGGUUUCUCUUGCAACACGCACAGAACACGCACGGCUUAAGGAUCUACUUAGAAAGCGAGCACGGCAGCCCCCUGACGCCACGGGUUGGUAUCCCAUCAGGACUAGGUGCAGAGUGCCCUUCCCAGCCACCUCUCCACGGGAUUCACAUUGCAGACAAUAACCCUUUUAACCUGCUCAGAAUACCCGGCUCGGUCUCGCGAGAGGCGUCGGGCCUGGGCGAAGGGCGCUUCCCACCCACGCCUCCCCUCUUUAGCCCUCCCCCAAGGCACCAUUUGGAUCCGCAUCGCAUAGAGCGCCUGGGUGCGGAAGAAAUGGCUCUGGCCACCCAUCACCCUAGUGCCUUUGACAGGGUGCUGCGACUGAACCCCAUGGCGAUGGAGCCGCCGGCUAUGGAUUUCUCCCGGCGCCUGCGGGAGCUGGCCGGCAACACCUCCAGCCCGCCCUUGUCCCCGAGCCGGCCCAGCCCUAUGCAAAGGCUGCUGCAGCCCUUCCAGCCGGGCGGCAAGCCCCCGUUCCUGGCCACGCCGCCCCUGCCUCCCCUCCAGUCCGCGCCUCCUCCCGCCCAGCCGCCCAUCAAGUCCAAGUCGUGCGAGUUCUGCGGGAAGACCUUCAAGUUUCAGAGCAACCUGGUGGUGCACCGCCGGAGCCACACCGGCGAGAAGCCCUACAAGUGCAACCUCUGCGACCACGCGUGCACACAGGCCAGCAAGCUGAAGCGCCACAUGAAGACCCACAUGCACAAGUCGUCCCCCAUGACGGUCAAGUCGGACGACGGGCUCUCCACGGCCAGCUCCCCGGAGCCCGGCACCAGCGACCUCGUCGGCAGUGCCAGCAGCGCCCUCAAGUCCGUCGUGGCCAAGUUCAAGAGCGAGAACGACCCCAACAUGAUCCCGGAGAACGGGGACGAGGAAGAGGAGGAGGAGGAGGAGGAGGAGGAGGAGGAAGAGGAAGAAGAGGAGGAGGACUUGAACGAGAACGAGAGGCCGGACUACGGCUUCGGGAUGAACCUGGAGGCAGCCCGUCACCACGAGAACAACUCGCGGCCCGGCGAGGAGGGCCGGUCGAUGCCGGAUGUCAUGCAAGGUAUGGUCCUGAGCUCCAUGCAGCACUUCAGCGAGGCCUUCCACCAGGUCCUCGGGGAGAAGCAUAAACGAGGGCACCUCUCCGAGCCCGAGGUACACAGAGACACUUGCGACGAAGACUCGGUGGCCGGCGAGUCCGAUCGCAUUGACGAUGGCGCGGUGAACGGCCGGGGCUGCUCCCCGGGGGAGUCCGCCUCCGGGGGCCUGUCCAAAAAGCUGCUGCUGGGUAGCCCCAGCUCCCUGAGCCCUUUCUCGAAACGCAUUAAGCUCGAGAAGGAGUUUGACCUGCCCGCCGCGGCCAUGCCCAACACCGAAAACGUUUACUCCCAGUGGCUGGCCGGGUACGCUGCCUCGCGGCAGCUGAAGGACCCCUUCCUCAGCUUCGGCGACUCCAGACAAUCGCCCUUCGCCUCCUCCUCCGAGCACUCGUCGGAGAACGGCAGCUUGCGCUUCUCCACGCCGCCGGGGGAGCUGGACGGAGGGAUCUCGGGCCGCAGCGGCACGGGAAGCGGAGGGAGCACCCCCCAUAUUAGUGGCCCGGGCCCUGGAAGGCCCAGCUCAAAAGAGGGCAGACGCAGCGACACUUGUGCGACGUACCCCCCCGGCUGGCGCAGCGCCCAGGGAGCCCCGGACGUCUGGCAGUUUUCGGAUGGAAGUUCGAGAGCACUUAAAUUCUGAGCGGACGUGAAGCUCGGGGCGGCGGCGGUCGUGGUCGUGGCAUCCCCAGGCGGCCUGCUUUCCUGCUAGCUCGACGCGCUUUCUGACACUAGCUUGAGAAGUCACCGCCCGAAGGCAGCGUUCUCCAGGCUCCUUCCGCCUGCAAGACUAUCGUAUUUAUAUUUUGUAAUAGAGUACAACGUUUCUUUGGGGGGGGUUUUUUGGUUUCUUUUUUUUUUUUUUUUUAAAAAAAGACAAAAAAAACGAAAGCACCCACCCACUGUCAAGGGCUUACCGGUGGCUUUGACUGGCUCCUCUCCCUUUGGAAGAGACUGUUGUGCUCACGUGUUGAUGCCGUGUGGAGAACCCGGCCCGUUGUUUAUCUCCGUUAUGUGCCAUUUCUGAGAAGGUGCAGCUAAUGUUACAAAUUAAAAAUAAGACGAAAUGCAGUGUAGGUCUGUGGUGGGUGGGAAGUUGACAUAAUAAAUGUUGGAGCUUUAGGUUUUGUUUGCUCUUUCUUUAAUUUUUAAUGCUAACAAGGGCCAGGCAGCUGGUAUGACUUUGUAUUACCAUAUCAUCUGCAGAAAAUGAAGUACCGAGUUGGAAAAGAAAAAGCCAGAGUUUGCAGCCACACGAGGGGCUGCACGUCUGCAGACGUUUCCUAGAGAGCUAGAUGCGGCGGCGGGGUUAUUUAUGGCUGUGGUACCCCAAGCGGUGUAGGACUAGUGUUGGUGUUCAUUCAUGCUGACGGGGGGUCUCCUAACUCUCCAUCGGUACCUGCAUCCUAUUGACUAAUGCCGACUGUUGUAUUACGUUUCUGCUGUUUGAAUAUGUACUUUUGGGGUUGGUGGGAUCUAUAACUCUCUUUAAGUUGUCAUUGUUUGCUAAAACAAGACCAAAACCGACCAGCGGCUUUCAGGAGGGACGAUGGCUUUGCUGGGGAGACGUUGUCAGUGCCAGGAGGAGCGACCCCUUCCCCCAGCCUGUGGCAGGAGCGGAGUUGGUCUCCGCGUUGGGAAGCACAUGUUUACAUCCCAUGGUCUUUCACAGAGCACUUAAGCACUUGCAUAGCUUUUAUGCUUGCCAGUGAGACUUGUCCCUCGCUUAGAGCUGAGCACAGGCCCAAGGAUUUUGCUGGUCUAGGGCCCAAGUGCUUUGCUGAACGGAAGAUGGGUUAAGUGCAUGCUUUUGUGCUGUCUCGGAUGGGAUUUAUAGACUGUAGCUACUAAUGGCCGUGCCGGAUAGCAGGAAUGGACCUUAUUUGGUUAAACAAAAUAACUGCAUAGCGAGUGGAGGCAUUGCGCUGUCAUGUAAAACUGCCAGGACAUCCAUACCAGGUUGCAGUGGGACAUAGAAGAGUCUCAGGUCAGGGACCAAGUUAUUUAUUUGUAUGUAUUAACUUAAUUGUGACUUCCUUUUUUUAUUUAUGUCUUUUUUAAAAAUCUGAAUGAGACACCUGGCCGGGGUGAUUCUUUACUCGUGAAACGGCCAUAGAUAAAAAUGACGUUGCCUUUUUUAUAGGUGGUGGUUGUUCUUUUUUUUAAAAGAAGACUGCAAUUCUCAUUUUGUUCGGGGCAUAGCACAAGCACGGUCACUUUUGUAACUUAAGACUUUGCCAAGGGGCUGAGGCGAGCAGUCAGGAGGUAGAAGCACCUCUGCACACAAGCCAGGAGCCGGCCGGCCGCCUGGGGACUCGGUGCAUUGAUGAGGAUUGACUCAAAGAGAGCUAUUACACGUACCGUGGUGAUUCAGGCUUUGACACCCAGUAAUCCCUGCUAGCUACUCUCUUACGGUUCACGCUGGGGCCCAGGAGGGUGGCCGGGCCACCACACACUCGGCUGAGCGCUGCAGGUGCCUCUGUGUUUGCUGUGGGCAGAAGACCCCCACCGCAAGUACGGUGCAGGGUUGUCCCAAACACGUCCCAGAUCAGGCCUCUGCUCCCCACUCCAAUCAGAGUCAGGUCUGGCGCUGGCUCUGGGUCAGGGCGGAGAUACGAGGAAGGGACCUGCAGAGCAGUGGUCCCAGCGAGGCCCCUCUGUGCCUGCUCCUGUCUGGGAGACAAGCAUCAAAACUCCUACAGACUCCCACCUGGGAAGGCAGCAGAGACCCUCCCCAUCUUUCACAUUAGGAGAACUUUUUAAAAGGUUCUUCAUAUUUCACCUCCGUGUCUACUCACAUGGGUUUUUCUGAGCCCUGAAACCAUGAAUCCUGUUACACUAAGCAUCCCACUGAUUGCAAACGCACCAUGUGGAAAGGAGCUAACAGCUCCCAUUAGCUGCUGGCAUCCCCCCCUCCUGCUCCGGGAGACCUCCGCGCCAGACAGCUGUGCCAGGUUGGGGCUGAUGGGGCUCAUUUUAUCAAUUGCCAAGUUAGGGUGCUCUGGUCUCGUCUCCAGAUUACAAAACGGGGAUCUCCUGGCACAUAUUUGCAGAGCACCUAUAACAAAUAUAGUAAGUGAUGGCUGCUAAUCUGUCUUGCAGAGACUCUCUGGUGCAUUGACUAAUUCUUGUGGUGUCCUUAGACUUCAUUUGACCUACUAGAGUGCAGACAAAACUCAGUGCAUAGAUUGCUUCAUGGCAUUGCCAAAACAACCGGUCAUGCUUUUAAUGCUCUGACCUGGUGAGAUAAAGCCGGUGUGGCCUGCUUCCUCCAAAGUGAAUUCCUGCAGGAGUAGCCAAAAUCUGUGGCCUGGUGAUUUCCUUCAGCAACAGAAGCUAGCGCAAAGCAGAUAUCUUUCCCAGAAAGAGUGGAAAAUAAUAAAACAUUGACAACUAAAAGCAUUUCGCAAGUAGCGGAGUGUUGAGCCUGCUCCGUGAAGCACAGGGGGGAAAGGUUAUACUCUCCUUUUCUGAAGUGUUCAAGGGGAAGCGAAAUAGUCUUUAAAAUGUAUAUUUUUUAAUACAGGCAUUUUAAAAAAAAAAGAAACAACUCUUAGGAUUUUAAAACAUCUGCGGAAUUUACGUGUUGCCUUAAAAUUACAGAUACACGUAAGGAUCGCCCCGAGAGCCGCGGGCUGAGAGGUGAGCGGGGGCUCCCGCGCCUUGCCGGCAGCACGGUCCCGGGCGUGUCGGGGGGGCUGCGAGCAGCCUCGUGCCCUAACCGGAGGGGUCGCGGCGAUGCCUUUUUGUUUUUGACCGCCAUCCCGUGCCGGAUCCAGGCGCGCGGAGGAUCGCAAGCGAUUGCGUUAUGGUGGCUGAGCAAGUUUCUGCCCAUUAACAGAGGUUUCCCGUGCGUGUGGGGGGGGGGGGCUGGAAAGCUGUUAGCCUCAAAGCUCGAGGUUGUUCUGUUUUCUUUACAAGAGGGGCAAUAAAAAGCACAUAGCAAGAACGCAAAAUGUACGGCACAAGCGGUUACUGCUGUGGAAACACAAAAGCUUGAACUCAGGUCCUGAGCAGCAAAUUAACGAGACGUUAUUUUUAAGUAUUUUGUAUUUAAGCACAUUCGCAAUGUUUAAGUGUACACAUUACCUUCUAUCAAAAGACUUUAAAUACUAAAAAUAGUUUGUCUAUAUUAAAAAAAAACAAAAAUUCCUGAAGUUUGGGGUAUUUCUAAGAGCCAGAAGAAAAGCUCUUUUUGUUUUCCCCUCCAGUGGGCUGUAAUGGACUGAAAUGAGCAAGAUACCUGGAAAUCAGAUAGUUUAGCUUUGAUUUUUGGUUUGAAAAGCUGCUUUCAAAUGUGAAAGCAUCUCAUUUGUGCUGUAUUUUAUUUUUAAGCACAUUUUCAUGACAUUCAAAUGCAGCGGUUAACUCUUCUGUGAAGUCUCACUUAAAUUUUGCUUUCGAAGUAGUAUUUAUUUUGGAUUCAAGAAGCAUUUAGGUUAUAUGCAGUUACAGUGUUAGAAGAGAGAAGCAAGCACGUAAAAUAGGCCACUUCUUAAGCACUGUUUUUCUGAAAUGACCUAAAUGGAUCUUAAAAAACAGAUCUAAAAAUUUGUGAACGGGAUGUUAAAAAGCGACCGCUCCCCAAGCCCCACGUUUCACCGUGGCUCCGGCUUUGCGGCCCCGCCCACCCUGCGAAGCGACCGCGUCGCCGUGGGAAGGAGAACCGAGAGGAGAUUCUUCUUUGGCUUCUAGAGGUUAUUCCAGCGAAUAUGCUGUUUAUCCAGUACUUCUGUGUCCAAGGAAAUGCAUCCGACUUCUUCUUCUGUUGCGUGUGUUUGUGAGCUGUUGAGAAGCCAGCGACACGCGUGUGGGCUCACUCUCCAUCCGCCCACCAGGACUCUCGGUGCCAUGACUUGCGUUAACUUCUGGAGCAGACACUUGGUGUGGCCUUUUCCUGUCUUUAGAUGCAGAAGUGCUGCUGUCCUCCGGGGCCUCGUGGACGAUGUGGGGAGCUGAGUCAGGUGGGACGAGCAUGAUGAGAUGCAACGGGCUCUCCGCUGAACACGAUCUGCUUUUCAGGACUGCCUGGUCUGCUACUGAGUUGGUGUGAUAGCUCAGAUGAUCCUGCUACAAACGGUUAUCGAGGAGUAAGGCAAACAAUCCCCCUGAACAAGAAUGGCAGCUCAUUUGCUUCCUUUUUAAUUCUCUUGCUUUUUUUUCCCCAGUUUUCUCAGAUUUCGAGCAUAAUUAGACUUGUGUACUAUCAUUCAGUGGUAUAUUGUUAUACCAGCUUCUAGUUUCCAUCUCAAUAAAUCCUUGUUGCCCCUCCAUCUUGCCAAAUCCUCAACCUCCUCCCCCACCCCAAGCCUCCCUUUAACACUCAUCUUCUGCAGGGGUCAAAAUAAUCAAUUAUUCCUGAGGAAAGCCGGAGUUACACUAAAAAAACAAAAAAACAAAAAAACAAAAAUACGGCCCUUAUUCCUUAAUCUCACUGGAUAGAGUUACACAUCUGGUAGAGGCUUGUUCGUUGUUGCUAUUACUUUUAUUGCGUCUUUAGCGGUGAUGAAGUUCAGAUGGUCGAACCAGUGGGCCCCAAUUUAAUUUCGUCUGGCCUCCCAUAAUGAGCACUAUGUGAUCUCCUGGAAAUGCUGGCUCUGCUGUAAUUCCAGCGUGUAGGCGCUCGCAUGCCAUGGUAAUGGGCAAAGGCUGCGCGGAGAGACAGCUGGGUAGACAAAAACCUCACGGUGAGGGUGAAAAAAGGGGAAAUCUGGUAAUAGUGGUAAGAACGGGCGGGUGGAGGAAUCGGACAACUUCUGACGUGGCGCUUUGUCAUGUACGUAUCGGUCAAAUACCACAAUUGGAUGGGUGGGCGGAUGGACGGACAGAUGGAGGGAUAGUUUUUUGUGUCAAACCUAGAAGCAAAAUCACUAGGUGGACUUCAGCCUUUUCAGUGAUUGAGGUGUGUGCACUGUGACACUUUCCGAGUUUGCUUUAGUCCUGAUGGCUCUUCUGUGGUGAUUUCCAUUAUGCUCCAGGUUUCCAGUGGCAAUGUAUAGAAGCUCCCACCUCUCCCCAAAUGUCUGCAAAUGCAUGUGUCUAAGGGCUAUACAGGAUUCAUUUAUGGGCCUCCCACUGACGGGAUAUGUGCAUGCAAAAUGAAGGUUGUAUUUGGCUUCUAAUAUUCAAAUCUAUAUUCCAUAUUGUGUUGACCAAGAAAAACAACUCAGCCCCAGUGCUGAAGAAUGUGAUGGACUGAUGACUUUUAGAAACAAACUGUAAAUCAAGGAGGCUAAUAAAUACUUGCUAUUAAUAAAACGGGGCUACUGCCUUUCAAGUUAUUGUGACA